UUCUUCCGUAACAUCCAAAAUCUGUAACAAACAAUAUUUUGGAUUUCAAUUUCAAGAAUUUCAAAUUAUAUACUCAGUGAAAACUUUAUACUUUGUAUUAAUCUCUUGAGUCAAUGUAAUUGCUUAUAUUAUAGCUUCUUAGAAGAGUGCUUUCAGGAAUAGAGGCAUAUAUUUUAUUUCUUCUAAAGCGGCAUUUGUAUUCUGUACAAUGGUAUAGCCGGAAUUAAACAAAUUUUAGUUAAUUAUACUAAUAAAUGAUUAUUUCUAUACCAUAAUGGUGUCGUAUUGUAAAAAGUCAUCAGCAGAGUGGAUUAUAGAGCAGCUAAACGUAGAGAACGCAAAAUUAUUGGCGUUUGUUCUUGUGAUUGGAUUCAUUGGCUACCAUGGAAUACUUCAUCUUAGAUACGGUCCAGACUCCUGUACUUGGUUGCUGUCAUCGGGUCGCUACAAGGGCGACCAUGAGUGGCAGCCCUAUGGCUGUAUGCUGCACAAAUACUCUAAAACCGAUGCACGGCGCUGCCUGCGUUACCUAGCGUUUUGGGACAAGUACAACAGUUUCGCUUUCAUAGGAGACUCUAGACUCGAGCAGCUCUACGAAUACUUUAUAGGCGUACUAAAAACUCGCCUGGACAUGGAAACGUCAUACUCUUCAGUAGAGCACCGCACGAACAACUCGUAUGUGGACAGUAAGCUGCGACUGUUCGUCACCUUCAUAAGGAGCAACGACGUCUCCAGAACCAUGGUUGAACAGUUCCGAAACUGGCAACGUUCCGACAAGCCUCCGUCAGUCAUAGUAGCAACUACCGGCUUGCAACUACUGAAAAAUCGAAAUACAACCGACUUAGUGCUGGAGGAGUACAAAAGAAACCUUACUCACUUGGUACAAGCUAUAGAUUCGCUCGCAGCACGAAACACUCAGGUGCUGUGGAAGCUGAUGGAAUCGGUGGAGACAUCCAAACUCAAGACGGACUUGACAAAGAUCAGCAAUGUUGAUAUAGAGGCGUACAAUCGAGCUGCAAUAGAGAUCUUAACACACAGUGCGGUCAAAGUGUGGAGUUCUCCGCGGUUGGUGUCCAGCGGCGCGGCCGGCGACGACGGCGUGUCCCUCAGUCGCACUGCGCUGAGGCACUCCGCGCAGAUCCUCCUGAACAUGUUCUGUAACGACCACAUGAACUUCAACGACGGCUCGUGCUGCGCCCAGCCCGAGCCCUACACGCAGCUGCAGAUAUGGACCUUCGCGUUGUUCCUCUUGUGCGCAGUGUACGCACUAGUACGGAGCGCUCGAUCCAAGUGGACAGCGUGGAGGAGGCCCCCGGGGGCUGCGGGGCCCCCGUGCGGGCGGGGCGGGCCCCGCGGGGCUCCAGGAGCGGGCCCCGCGCGGUGCGUGGGCCCCGCGGGCCCCGCAGGUCCCUCCCCGGCCGCGGCGCUGGCUCGCCUCGGCGCCAUCAUGGCGUACUUCUACCUGUGUGACCGCACCAACUUCUUCAUGAAGGAGAACAAGUAUUACUCCGAGUGGAGCUUCUGGCUCCCAGUUGGUUACGUGUUCGCGCUGGGAUUGUUCUUCACAGAAGCCUCGAGGUCAAGCAAAAUUCUUCAUAGAGAACAAACAGAUGAAUGGAAGGGCUGGAUGCAGCUGGUCAUUCUGAUAUACCAGGUCACCGGAGCUAGUAAAGUACUACCGAUCUACAUGCUAGUGCGCGCACUCGUCUCCGCCUACUUAUUCCUCACCGGCUACGGCCACUUCUACUACACGUGGAACACCGGAGACACCGGUUUGGUCAGAUAUUUCCGGGUCAUAUUCCGACUCAACUUUCUGACCGUAGUGUUAUGUCUGACCAUGAACAGGCCGUAUCAGUUCUACAGUUUUAUACCACUCGUCUCGUUUUGGUAUACUUUGAUGUUCGUGAUCUUUGCCCUUCCGCCGCACAUCACCCAAGCCUCCAGUCACACAGUGGAGUCGAGACCGUACCAAUAUCUGUACAUAACAUUGAAAGUCAUCGGUCUACUCACCAUCGUCACAGUGCUGUACAUGAGCGAGGUGUUCUUCCAGAAGAUCUUCGUGACCAGACCAUGGAAGGCGCUAUUCGUCAACGCCGAUGAUGAUAUCCACCAGUGGUGGCUCAGGUGGAAGCAGGACAGGUAUUCGGUAGCUUGCGGUGUCACGUUCGCACUGGCCCGAUUGGCUGCGGGUGGCGCGAGUACUGGCGUCAGUAUUGUCGCGAGUACUGGCGCAAGUGCUGGAGCGGGCGCGUUACUGGCGCUGGCGGCUCUGGCCACUUACCUCGCGUUUGCGCUGCUCUGCUCUAGUGCCGUCGACUGCGAUGAGGUGCACAGUUACGCAGCUUUCGUGCCAGUAGUAGCAUAUAUAAUACUAAGAAACUUAUCGCCGGGGCUUCGUUCCCGACACUCAGCAAUGUUUGCAUGGGUGGGAGCUGUGUCAUUAGAACUGUUUGCCAGUCACUCCCACAUCUGGCUGGCUGCUGACACUCAUGGCGUCUUAGUGCUAGUUCCAGCAGCACCAGCAUUGAACCUACUCAUCACGUCGUAUAUCUUCGUAUGCGCAGCCCACGAGAUACAUGCCUUAACAGCUGUCGUUCUGCCAUACGCCGUGCCCGAUGAUUGGAGGCUGGUGAUAAGGAAUUUCGCAAUAUUUCUAGCGAUUUUAGUGCCGAUUGGUAUACAUGAUGGUAUGUUCUAGGUUACUGUAUGAUAGUGUAAAAAGUAGUAAUAUAUAUAUAU